CUUGUAAAUACGGUUCCCUCUAUUAUCUUUCUCCAGUGCCAUUCCUCUCAGUCGCUCUCUCUCCUAGGGUUCGAAGAUUGUCGCGUGAGCUUCGUAAUCUUCUUCUCUCUCCUCCCGAAAAACCUGAUCUCUCUGUUUGUUCCUGUGAUUCUCGUUUGAUUCUACGCAUUUUCGUCUUCGGUUCUGUUCUCGUUCAAGUUGCGGAUCUCUGGUAUGAGCGGUUAUGGUGUUUCACCUUUGAGAUCUUCGUGACGCCGGAUCUUUUCAAUCGCCGGACGAUCUGAUCGAUUCCGACCGAAUGACGCUCAAACGGGGGUUGUCUGGAGUUCACCGGAGUAGAAGCGGCGGCGGAUCUCGAUCCGCAUUUGUGCUCCUCGUAUUCUUCUGUGUUCUCGCGCCUCUGAUUUUCUUUGUUGGCCGAGGAUUGUACGUUGAUUCGUCUUAUGAUCAGAAUGGUUAUUCAAGUGCUUCUACAAAGCAGAACCUUGGCUGGAGAGAACGGUUGGCGUUGCAAUCUGUUAGAUCUCUAUUCUCAAAGGAGGUUCUCGAUGUCGUUACCAGCAGCACAGCUGAUUUGGGUCCUUUAAGCCUUGAUUCUUUCAAGAAAAACAAUUUGUCUGCGUCAUGGAAUGUAAUCGGAGUACAGACAUCAUAUAGGAAUGGUAUUUUUUCAGAACAACAUCAAACAACUCCAGAUGUCAAAUCUAUUACCCCAAAGGACAAAAUUGUGAGACCUCCAAAAGACAGUAGCCAUACAAGAGCUGAGACACCUGCUAAAAUUUACAGAAGGCAACUACGGGAGAAAAGACGAGAAGUGCGGGCCAAAGAGUUGGUGCAGCAUAAUGAUGAAACAGUCUUGAAACUUGAAAAUGCAGCCAUUGAACGCUCCAAGUCUGUGGAUUCUGCUGUCCUUGGAAAAUAUAGUAUUUGGAGAAGAGACAAUGUGAAUGAGAAUUCUGAUUCAAACGUGCGCUUGAUGCGAGACCAAAUAAUAAUGGCUAGGGUUUAUAGUGGUAUUGCAAAAUUGAAGAGCAAGUUCGAUUUGUUCCAAGACCUUCAGGUUCGAAUUAAAGAAAGCCAACGUGCUCUAGGGGAAUUAACAUCUGAUGCUGAUUUGCCUCGCAGCGCCCCGGAUAAAAUCAGAGCCAUGGGUCAAGUUUUGUCUAAAGCCAAGGAACAGUUAUAUGACUGCAAGCUGGUUACCGGCAAGCUGAGAGCAAUGCUUCAAACUGCAGAUGAACAAGUUAGGAGCUUAAAGAAGCAGAGCACUUUCCUGGCUCAGCUAGCGGCGAAAACGAUUCCUAAUCCUAUCCAUUGCCUGUCAAUGCGCCUAACCAUUGACUACUAUCUUCUUCCUCUGGAGAAAAGGAAGUUCCCUCAGAGUGAAAAUCUGGAGAACCCGAAUCUUUACCAUUAUGCCCUCUUUUCGGAUAAUGUACUAGCUGCAUCAGUCGUUGUUAACUCGGCCAUCACAAAUGCCAAGGAUCCUUCCAAGCAUGUCUUUCACCUUGUUACAGAUAAGCUUAAUUUUGGAGCGAUGAAUAUGUGGUUCCUCUUAAACCCUCCUGGAAAGGCCACUAUCCACGUUGAAAAUGUUGAUGAGUUUAAGUGGCUUAAUUCAUCAUAUUGCCCUGUUCUGCGGCAGCUGGAAUCUGCAGCUAUGAGAGAAUACUAUUUUAAGGCUGAUCAUCCAACAACUCUCUCGUCAGGCUCUUCAAAUCUCAAGUAUAGGAACCCAAAGUAUCUAUCCAUGUUGAAUCACUUGAGAUUCUACCUGCCCGAGGUUUAUCCCAAGUUGGACAAGAUCUUGUUCCUUGACGAUGACAUUGUCGUUCAGAAAGACUUGACUCCACUAUGGGAGGUGGAUCUCAAAGGCAAAGUCAACGGCGCCGUUGAAACAUGCGGGGAGAGUUUUCACCGGUUUGACAAGUAUCUGAACUUUUCAAACCCUCAUAUCGCAAGGAAUUUCAAUCCCAAUGCUUGUGGUUGGGCUUACGGGAUGAACAUGUUUGACUUGAAGGAGUGGAAAAAGAGGGAUAUCACUGGCAUAUACCAUAAGUGGCAAAACAUGAAUGAGAAUAGGACACUGUGGAAACUGGGGACGUUGCCGCCGGGGCUGAUAACAUUCUAUGGGCUAACACACCCACUGAACAAGGCGUGGCAUGUGCUGGGACUGGGUUACAACCCAAGCAUCGAUAAGAAAGAGAUCGAGAAUGCGGCAGUUAUACACUACAACGGCAAUAUGAAACCCUGGCUGGAGUUGGCCAUGUCCAAAUACCGACCCUACUGGACCAAGUACAUCAAGUAUGAUCAUCCUUACGUUCGCAGAUGCAACCUCAGUGAAUGAGCUCAGGUCUCUCUCUCUCUCUCAGGUUAUUCUUCUUAUUAUUCUUAUUACAACCAGGUAUUUCCCUGAUUCCUUUCUGCUGCCCCCAAAAAUUUUCUAUAAUGGUUUUUUUUUUUCUUAAUUCUUUCGUAAAACCCGUUCUUACUGAUAUUUCACCGCUGGGAAACCAUUGUAUUUAGAUGCUGCAUCGAGGACUUAUGAAAAAGCCUGCGGUCUCCUCAAUCUUGUCAUAUGUUUAUGCUGCUUUGCUUCUGUAUGUGCAGUCUUUUGGUUAAGUGCUGUGGGACUUCCGAUGAAGCUAGUGGUGGAUUACUACUGAAAUACCGUAGGCUUGUUGUUA